AUGGCGGAAGACUCGGAAGACCCGAACGGCCACAACAGCCAGGUGGAGGUUGGCCCCUCGGGCUCUGACGGCGAGGACGUCAGCCGCCGGCAAUCUGGACACUCCGAGCUGGUGACAUCGGUGCCGUCAGCAGCAUCGGUGCCAAAGAGAAAGGCAAAAGAGGCAAAAUCGAGAUCCGGCAGGGUCUUGAAGUUUGUGGUGGAGGAGUUGGUGCCGGAACCUGAAACACUCGUGAGCCUCUUGCCACCCCACGCAAGGCACCGAUGGACCCUGCGUCUGGCCGAAGCUGCCAGCAGCGCAGGCGCCAAGGGCAAGCCUUGGAGUCCGCAGACGCAACAAAUGCAACAUAUGCAAGAUCCACCUCUGGAGUGGUACUCAGCUGAGCUCAUCAGGUUAUGCACUCGCACCGCCGACCUGAGCUCGCAACUGACAGAUUUGAGGGCACAAGCAAGCAAACGACCUUGGAUGUGGAAGGAGAACCAGAAUCUUACAAGGAUGCUCAUGGGCUGCGGGGACGUGCUGGCAGAAGCUGGCUCCGUGAUCGAGGCCGUGUCUUCAGCGCUCUCACCCGGCACACCUGGAUUGCGAUCCAUGCGCGAACAGUGUUUGCCAGCGAAGUUGUCCGUUCCCCAGGUGCCACCUUGCCUGCCGUGCACUCCGGAGGAGGCCAUGGCCAUGACACAGGCGGCCCUCGCCCGGCUGCGCGGGGCCGGAAGCGCUUUGGGCCUUGUGCUCAGGUUUGACUCGAGUGAUCCCUUCCACGGGACGCCGAACGCGUUUGAGGAGAGUGCAGGUGGAACGAGUGAAGUCGUUGUUGGGACCAUUGGGCCGGAGAUGCGGAAAGACUUCUUCAUCCUGGUGCCUGUCAUCGAGAUGGCAUUGUCGAACCUGCGAAGGUUGACGAAGCUUAUUUUCCAACAGCUGGAGUGCGACUUAGCACAUGUGCCGGCCAACACGGGCAAGGGCGGGAUUUUUGCAGAUCCAUCGAUGAAGUCCCUUGUGGGCAGUCUAUCCAUGAUCUCGGCAUGGGAACACCAGGAGGCCCAGCAGGACACCGAACAGGAUGAGGAGGCGGAUCCCGUGACCUCGCCUUCCGAGCCCGUUGAGUCGUUUGAGGUCGAGGGCUCGGUGAGCAUGAAGGCCAACAGGAAGUCUGUGAGGAAGAAAACUUCGACAGCACCCAAAGGCAAGAAAAAGUCAUGA